AUGAACAAUCAAGAUCUCCAUCAACAAAUGCCCCAGCAGGAGGCUAACGAAGAAACGCCUUUGCUGCGUGCUGCUCCUACCACCCAACCAUAUUCCGUGUUCACACCAACACAGAAACGCCUCAUCAUUUUGACAGCGGCACUGGCUUCCAGCUUUUCACCUCUGUCUGCCAAUAUCUACUACCCAGCAUUGAAUUCCAUUGCUAAGGACUUGCGAGUGAGUCCAUCUCAAAUUAAUCUGACGAUCACGACAUACAUGAUAUGCCAGGGCCUCGCUCCAAUGUUAACAGGAUCAUUGGCAGACCAAGCCGGUCGUAGGCCCGCGUACAUCCUUUGCUUCGUGAUAUAUAUUUUUGGGAACAUUGCCCUCGCUCUACAACACAGUUUUCCAGCGCUUUUAGCUCUUCGUGCUGUUCAAAGCUGUGGCAGUAGCGGCACCGUGGCCCUUGCAUCCGCAGUGGCAGCCGAUAUUAUCACAUCUGCUGAGCGAGGUAUGUACAUGGGCUUUACCUCCCUAGGAAACAUUCUUGCUCCAUCCAUCGGGCCAAUCCUUGGUGGUGUUUUGAGUAAGUAUAUGGGCUGGGAAGCAAUAUUCUGGUUCCUUGCUAUUGCAGCCGGUACUUUCUUCAUGCCACUUCUGCUCUUCUUCCCAGAGACAUGUCGUGGCAUUGUGGGAAAUGGGUCGACUCCUGCGGUUGGAUGGAAUCGAGCCAUUUGGAGUUACUUACAGACCACCACCACAGUGGCCCCGCCUGCACCAACUGUGCUGAGGAGGCGCGUGAAUGUCCCUAACCCAUACUCAACUCUACGUUUGCUUUUCCACCGACCGGUGGGACUGGUGCUUUUGGCAAAUGGAGUUAUAUUCAGCAGCUACUACGCCGUCACAGCUGGAAUUCCCGCACUAUUCCAGAGAAUCUAUGACCUAGAUGACCUUGGUAUUGGACUAUGCUUCAUACCUGCAGGCUUGGGGUCAUUGCUCAGUGCAACUGCCAACGGAGUAUUAGUUGACUGGAACUACCGGCGAACUCGACGGAACGGCGGUCAGACGGUACACAAGAACCAAAACCAGGACAUCAUUGCAUUUCCCAUUGAACAGGCGAGGUUGCAGAUUGGUCUGCCAAUGACAAUACUUGCAGCUGCCUCAAUAGUCGUCUAUGGAGUAUUGAUACCCCUGAAGCCACCGCUCCUGGUUGCGCUUAUGGUGGUGUUUGUAAUUUGCUUUUGUAUUACGGCGGCAUACAACGUGAUGAACAUUCUCAUCGUCGACUUGUACUACGAGACGCCUGCUACCGCAAUGGCUGCUAACAACCUUGUGCGCUGUUUCUUGGGCGCUGGUGCUGCAGCCGUGGUCAACCCUCUGAUCAGGCGGAUUGGUGUGCAAUGGACAUACUGUUCUGUGUCGGGCGCAAUCGCUCUGGUCACGCCGAUUCUAAGUAUGGUUUACGCUCAGGGUUGGGAAUGGCGCAAGAAACAGGCCGAGACUGCUGCACAACUGCGAACUAUCUUCCCCUUCCCCUGGACUCCAAAUCAGCAACUGCAAAUACGGUAUCCUGGAGGCCAAUGGAUCACUCCUGGUAUGGAAUUGGACAUCCGAGAGACCAGCACGACCCCAGAGAUCAGUACCAUGAACCUGGGGUGUAAUAAGAAAUACAUUAUUCUCUUCAUCGACCUCGACGCCAUCCUACCAGGAACCCGUAUCCAAUCAGUCAUUCUACACUGGUACCACGCAAAUCUCAUGGUAGAUUGCACAAAGCCAUCCCCUCCUUCCACACUCGUUCCCGGCAAGGGCCACGGAGACAAGCAUGACCCGAUAGCCUCGUACAUAGCUCCUCGUGCACCACCAAAUACUCACCACCGUUAUGUCUAUCUUCUUUUCGCGCAGCCCCCAGCCUAUCAAUUCCCUGAAUGCUUCUCACAUGUGUUCCCGGAGACUGUUAGCGCCCGUGCCGGAUUUGACAUCAGGAAGUUUUUGCAGGCAGCAGGCUUGGACCAUCCGGUUGCCAUGAACUAUUUCAUUGGUAGACAUGAACCUACCGAAGGCGAGACAAGCACGAUGCCUCAGGGUGCGACAACGACCUCGUUCCGUUCCGUGGAUUGUCCCACGAGGACCGCCGGUGGUGUCAUGAGCUAA